AUGAGCAGAAUUUGGUGGCACACCACUAAAAAAAGGAAAUGUACGGAAGUCCGGUGGCCAUGUGGUUUUAGUUCGAGCCUUGCAUUCGUCCGGUUUGACGACUCCGGGGUUGACUUUUACCAGUGGCCGCUCUACGGAGAACCCGGCGUUAGGGAUACCGUCUACCCGGUUUAUGAACCACUCCGAUACCCAAAGGCUGGCCGUGAUAAUCCCAUUGUUUCACUUCACAUUCUAAAAUUGGAUGAUCCCACUGCCAUUCGACAAGUGGUCUACCCUCCCGGGCAAGAUGUGGAAUUGCAAUAUUACAUCGCCACCAUCACGUGGGCCACAGCGGACCAAGUGAUUAUUCAAAACCUCAACCGAAACCAAGAUAAAACGGUUUGGAACCUUUGUAGCGCGGCAAGUGGGAUUUGUUCCGAGGUGCUUGAGAGGUGGGCGACAACUCCUGUCGGUUGGUGGGACCCGCAUCGGCCCCUCGUUUCUCGGGACGGAUCAAAAUUCCUCACCUUUGUAAAUGCCCAACAAUCCACGGACCCUAACAAGAGGUUAUACCGACACGUGGUCUCCAUCAAUUCGGUCCCGCCAAAUCCGGAAUUGCAACCCCUGACGGAGGGUGCCUUCCAUGUGGAUGCCAUCCUUGGCUGGGAUGUAGAUAACAACAAAUUAUACGUUUCCGGGACUGGAUUUCAUCCAGAAACGUCUCCGUUGGGAGAUCCUAGCGAACGUCAUGUCUACUCCAUUGCUACCACUGGACCAAACUCGCCCCCAGAAUGUAUCAGUUGUACCGUUCUGACCAGCACGAACGAAGAAUGUCGCUCGCAUUCGGUUUCAUUCAGCGCAAAUUUCAAAUUCUACAUGCACACCUGUCGAGGACCUGGUGUUCCCGAGGUCACUACAAGAUUCACUUCGAACAACUCAAUCGCUUCUGUUUGGAACGACAACGCUCUAGUUCGUGAACGACUCGCAACCAAGCUCCUGCCAUCCUUGAGGGAAAUGGAGGUCGACCUUCCACUCAGUUACAAGGCUAAAGUCCGUCUCUAUUGUGGGCGUUGGUCUUCCCGUGGGCGCUUGUUCCCUCACUAUCUCCCGCCUAAUUUUGAUGAAAGUAAACAAUACCCACUUCUCGUGGAAGUUUAUGCGGGCCCUGAUUCGCAGAAAAUCACGCAAGAUUACGGCAUCAAUUGGGGUUCAUAUUUGGCCAGUUCGAAAGAAGUAAUUUUCGCAAAUAUCGAUGGCCGCGGUUCUGCAAGACAGUCUGCAGAACAAAAGUUUGCUGUUUACAGGAAUUUAGGAUCUGUUGAAGUUGAGGAUCAAAUAUCGGUGACAAAGCACCUUAUCAACACCUUGAGUUUUAUUAACCCGAAUAAGACGGCGGAUAUGCGACGAUGUCCUAGAAACACGAUAAAAGCGCUUGGAAAAGACAACGAGAACGUGUUCAAAUGUGGUAUUUCCGGCGCUCCAGUUUCCAGCUGGUUGUACUAUGAUACGAUUUACACCGAGCGAUACAUGGGGCUUCCAACCGUUGAAGACAAUUGGGAGGGUUACAACCAAUCCUCCGUGAUGGCAAAUAUGGCAGGAAUUGCUAACAAAGAGUUUCUCUUGAUCCAUGGCAACGCAGAUGACAACGUUCACUACCAGAACUCCAUGAUGCUGGCGAGAGCCCUCGAGCAGGCUGAUAUCUUAUUUACUGCAUUGAGUUAUCCAGAAGAAAAUCACAGAGUUAACGGACCCGGCAUGCAACGCCAUCUUUACCACUCAUGUAAACAUUUCUUAACCAGGAACGCCUGCUUUGGACCACUUGGAAACCCAUGAAAUGCUUAAAUUUAUAAAUAUACUUAGCGGGUAGUGACAUUGAUUGAUAUAUGCUAACAGUAUGUAUGCUUAACCCCAACUAAAUAUCAUGCAAAUUUUUUGCU